GCGUAUUUGCAUACGAUCAUGUGUUCCUUCAUUCUUCUGAUCGCUCUGUUCACUGUCUUGGGCAGCGGAUCCGAUAUCAGCAAAUUGCCUGUGGGAGUCGCUGAGCAGUCUUAUGACGAGAACAUCGGCAAGGGCUACAAUAUUGAUAUGGAUGGACCACUAGGGAAGACAAAUUGGCCAUACUACGGCAGACCCACGAAUUGCACCUGUUCCGGAGGCUGUCUUACCGGAGGCUGUGAGUGUCCGAACGGGCAGCACCUAUUCGUGCAAUAUUACCCUGUUGCUUGCUAUGCGAUCUGCGCUGAGCUAUGCAACGACGCCUCCGAUUGUCCCUGGGCUCCUGCGGGUGCCCAUGUCGGUAUCAAGUGCGUUCUGGGACGUUGCCUUCUCGACUGUACACCCCAACUCGGAUAUAACUGCGUAAACGAGGACUAUUCCGUUUGUAUGGAGUACCAGAUGGGACCGGCUAAAGGCAUCAUGUGUCAAUGGACCUUUUGAUAACUCAUGAUCGGACUCUCUAUUGCGGAACAUUCACCAUGACUCACUCACCGAUUACUCAGGAUAUGCAGUGAGUAUUUUCUUGAACGCUAACUGAGCGUUAUGAUAGUUUAUUCUUUUCA